AUGGACCGCGACAACCCGACUCCUGCGCCCUCAACCGACUUUUUGCAGCCUGACCAUGUCAAUCUCCGAGUCACCUACCUCGUCACUGGCAAUCCGAGACUACCCCAUUCGCUGGGAAGCUUUGCCCUGUCCACUACCAUAUCGGAUCUCAAGCAGAGAAUUCAAGCCGACCUCCCAGAACAUCCAGCUCCUUCCGAGCAACGCCUCAUAUACCAAGGGAGAGCGUUGAUGCGGGAUGAUGCCACUUUGCGAGAUGUCCUCCGGAUCGAGCCCGACACCGAAGUCAGCUCCCAGCCAUACACGCUUCAUAUUGUCAUUCAAUCUCGUCAACCCGCGCCGGCGCCUCCAGCCCAAACGAAUCCCGUCUCGAAUCCUCCUCCAGCGGUGCGUCGACCCGCGCCAGAUCUCGCACACCCUCUGACCGUGGCCGAGACGUCUGCCACGAGACUUCAAGAGUCGCUUUCUCGCAUUCAACAACAAAUUGAAGCAAAUAGAGCGGAUCUACGGUCUGUCCAACAAAGAAUAGCUUUGCAGCACAAUAAUCUUGGGACGCCUCCCAAUGGAGACCCCAACUACCGCCCUGCUCCAGGUCCAAUCCCAUUCCUCGUCGACGCAAAUGGUCAACCACAACCGGCCCCGCCGAUUCCACCGAACGUCCGUCCUGGUACGACCGUAGAGCACGGGCGUGAAUUUCAUACGCGCGAGAGAGACUUUCCACCAAUUCCACCGCCUCUGUGGGGAUUUCCCCCGGCACAUCUUCCUCCUGAUUUCGCUCGUUUCGCAGCACCUCCCUCACGGCAGCUCCCGUCCGGUCUCCGUCCCAAUUUCAAUAACCCCCCUCGUACCACUUUCCAGGAGUUCCACGGACCAAAUGGGGAACGGAUGAUUGUUACGAUAGAGGUGAAUGGUCGACCUAUCAUUCAACGACCUUCUUCUGCUCCUGGCCAGCGAGAAUCGAGACCAGCUUCGCAUGGACCGCCUCAGCCACAGCAAGGAGCUCCACCGCACACAUCUUCUCCUCGACAUUCGCAAUCCCGAGAGCCGCCAGCGAAUCCCCCUUUAACUCAAUCGUCACAUACGCUUUCCGACUUCGAGCCAUUGCCGGAUCCUUAUACAACGGUGUGGUUGAUGUCUUCACCGGGAGGACCGGAAGCUUUGGUUUCCUCACCCCGUGGAUGGUAUCACUUCUUACAGCAACAGCCAUCUCCGCAGGGCUCAGAUCGGCCCGCUUCAAACGUUCAAGCCUCUGGUGUUCUGCCGGCUCAUGUGAGCGUCCCAGGGCCCAACCCACCACCAGUUUCAGUGCCCGUACCCGCUGCAAGCCUCCCCACAGUGUCCAACCAGCACGCAGCAACAAAUACUCCUCCAGCACAGGGAAACCUCCCUGCGAACAUCGACCCAGGCCGUGCAGUGGUCAGGAGAGAACGGGGGGUCCCACCGGCUUUGGCACCAGCCCCUCGGAACGAUGCAGAUAAUGAUUUGUUCGCUUUCAUCAUUCAACGAGGUUGGCUUUUCCUGCGACUCUAUCUGUUCAUGUUUGUCUUUUCUGAGCCAGGAACUUGGAAACGAUGGCUUAUGAUCAUUGCUGCUGCCGUUAUCUGUUUACAGCCCAGAGAUGCUCCUUUGUAUCGUGCAUUAAAUACCGCCCGUCAACAUCUCGACAAUCUGAUUGGUCCACCUGUGCCCCCACCACCGGAGGGUGAAGCUCGGAGACAACGCCAUCGAGAUAAUCACGCUGAUAAUACCACUCCCCAGAAUGCGACAUCCGACCAGACGCCCCAACGACCAGCUCACGUCCGUGGCGCGGUACAAAUGACACCGGAAGAGGCUGCAGCUCGUCUAGUGCAGCAAAAUCAAGAACAUCAUCCCCACUUCUGGCGGGAUUCUUUCUAUCGUGUGGAACAAGGAGCGGCGCUAUUUUUGGCGAGUUUGAUUCCUGGUGUGGGUGAACGACACGUCCGGGCAAGGGAGUCUGCGAGAAGACAGGCCCAGCGACAGGCCCAGCGCGAGGCACAGCGAUUGGAAGAGGAAAGAAGACGCACCGAGGAGCAAACAGCUGCGGAAAUCUCUGCUGCAGCAGGACCUUCCACGGCACCAAAUCCAGAGGUGAAAGUUGACGGACCUCCAGAGCCGAGCACUUCGAGCACUUCAAGUUCUGUGGAAGCUGGAAACUCCAGUUCCCGUGCUCAGACGGAUGAAUUGCGGAAUCGGACAUCUUGA